AUGCUGUCGCCAGCUCUGCAGAUAGCCGUGGUGUGCUCCAGCAACCAGAAUCGGAGCAUGGAGGCGCACAACAUCCUCAGCAAACGAGGAUUCAAUAUUCGGUCCUUCGGAACAGGGAAUCGUGUGAAGCUUCCAGGACCAUCACACGACAAGCCAAAUGUUUAUGAUUUCAAAACCACAUAUGAUGAGAUGUACAACGAUCUUAUUAGGAAAGACAAAGGACUCUAUACACGGAAUGGCAUUUUGCAUAUGUUGGCCAGAAAUAAGAGAAUCAAGCCUCGGCCAGAGAGGUUCCAGAACUGCAAAGAUCAGUUUGAUCUGAUCUUCACUUGUGAAGAGAGAAUCUACGACCAGGUGGUGGAAGAUCUGAAUUCCAGAGAACAGGAGACCUGCAAGCCAGUGCACGUGGUCAAUGUGGAUAUCCCAGACAACCAGGAAGAGGCCAUCCUCGGGGCGUUCCUCAUCUGUGAGCUGUGCCAGCGUAUCCACAGCUUGGAAGACGUGGAUAACGACAUUAGUCAGCUGCUGCUGAAGUUCGAGAAGAAGAGUGGCAGGGCCUUCCUGCACACGGUGUGCUUCUACUGA